CGCAGCCGCCACCACGGCCGGACGGGGCGGGGGUGGGGAUUCCGGUGCUGCGGCCUCCGCCAUCACCUUCCUGCCUGCGUCUCCAGGGCUCUCGCUCUGACCGCCAUGGAGCAGGGCUGGGCCCCCAAGGCGACAGCCGCUGCCUCCACCUUGUGAGGCGUAGCCGCUGCCACAGUCGCCUCCUCCGAGGGCCUCUGGGGUUUCCUGGGCCUCGCUUCUCGCCGCCGCCCGUCGGCUCCUCGCCUUCUGGGCCGCUCCUCUGUCCUCCAGCUCGGCCCCUCGGGGCCAGGCCUGGAUGUGCGCUUCGUGAGAGGCCCAGGCCGAAUCGAAGGCCCGCGGCCCGGGAAGCCGCCACCGCGACCGCCACCGUCACCGGGACAUGGUUUGGGCCUAGCGGAGCCGGGACAGGAGGGAAUCUAGAACAACAGCAAAGCUGAGGUCAAACUGCCAUACAGGAUGGACACCAAGGAAGCUGUGUUGGGAACAAAAAGAAAUCAAAAUAAGCAACAUGAACCGUGAAGACCGGAAUGUGCUUCGUAUGAAAGAAAGGGAAAGGCGAAAUCAGGAAAUUCAUCAGGGUGAAGAAGCCUUCCCACCUAACUCUCCUCUCUUUGCUGAACCAUACAAAGUUACUAGCAAAGAAGACAAAUUAUCUAGUCGUAUUCAGAGCAUGCUUGGAAACUACGAUGACUCCUACGAAAUGAAGGAUUUUAUAGGAGACAGAUCUCUACAAAAGCUUGUUGCAAUUCCCAAACCUACCAUACCAUCAACAACAGAUGAAAAACCAAAUCCAAGUUUCUUUAGUGAACACAGACAUGGUAGCUCUCAUCAGAGCAGCAAAUGGACUCCUGUAGGACCAGCACCUAGCACUUCUUCCCAGUCACAGAAACGGUCUUCAGGUUUACAGAGUGGACACACUAGCCAACGGACCAGUGGAAGUGGCAGUAACAGCACUAGCAGUGUUGGUCAGAGGCAUGACCGUGAAGCAUAUAGUAGUAGUGGCGGUGGUGGUAGCCGUAAAAAAAGCCAGCACGGAUCAGAACACUCCAAAUCUCGUUCUUCCAGUCCUGGAAAACCACCUGCUGUUUCUUCAUUAAGCUCUAGUCAUUCCAGAGCUCAUGGGAAUGAUCACCACAGCAAGGAGCAGCGUUCUAAGUCACCACGGGAUCCUGAUGCAAAUUGGGACUCGCCUUCUCGUGUUCCUUCAUUUUCAAGUGGACAGCACUCUAGCCAGUCUUUUCCACCCUCGUUGAUGUCAAAGUCAAACUCAAUGUUACAGAAACCUACUGCCUACGUAAGGCCCAUGGACGGACAGGAGUCCAUGGAACCAAAGCUAACCUCUGAGCACUACAGCAGCCAAUCCCACAGCAACAACAUGAGUGAGCUGAAGCCUAGUAGCAAAGCACAUCUAACCAAACUGAAAAUACCUUCCCAACCAUUAGAUGCGUCUGCAUCUGGUGAUGUGAGCUGUGUGGAUGAAAUUCUUAAAGAGAUGACCCACUCAUGGCCUCCCCCUUUAACUGCAAUUCACACACCAUGUAAAACAGAACCUUCUAAAUUUCCUUUUCCGACAAAAGAAUCUCAGUCAAAUUUCGGCCCUGGAGAACAAAAAAGAUACAAUCCUUCAUCUAAAACUUCAAAUGGGCAUCAGUCCAAAUCUAUGUUAAAGGAUGAUUUAAAACUUAGCAGCAGUGAAGAUAGCGAUGGAGAACAGGAUUGUGAUAAAACUGUGCCAAGGAGUACACCGGGAAGUAAUUCUGAACCUUCACACCACAAUAGUGAAGGAGCAGAUAAUUCCAGGGAUGACUCCAGUAGCCAUAGUGGAUCUGAAAGCAGCUCUGGAUCUGACUCGGAGAGUGAAAGUAGUUCCAGUGACAGUGAAGCCAAUGAGCCAUCACAGAGUGCAUCUCCUGAGCCUGAACCACCGCCAACAAAUAAAUGGCAGCUUGACAAUUGGUUGAAUAAAGUGAAUCCACAUAAAGUGUCACCGGCUUCUUCUGUAGAUAGUAAUAUCCAAUCUUCUCAAGGUUAUAAAAAGGAAGGUCGGGAACAAGGGCCAGGAAGUGGCUACAUUGAGCAAAAUGGACCUAAGGAGUCCAGUUCUUCUACUCCCGGUCGGGAUUCCAAAACUAUUCAAAAAGGAUCAGAGAGUGGUCGUGGGAGACAAAAGUCCCCAGCACAGAGUGAUAACACUACACAGCGAAGAACUGUAGGAAAAAAACAACCUAAAAAAACAGAGAAGGCAGGUGUAGAAGAGCCUCGAGGGGGCCUAAAAAUAGAAAGUGAAACCCCUGUAGACAUGACAACAAGUAUGCCCUCCAACAGACACAAGGCAGCCACAAAAGGCUCAAGAAAACCCAAUAUAAAGAAGGAGCCCAAAUCUUCCCCUAGAUCUACAACAGAAAAAAAGAAGUAUAAGUCAACAAAUAAACCUUCACAAAAAUCUAGAGAAAUCAUAGAAACAGAUACUUCAUCCUCUGAUUCUGAUGAAAGUGAGGGCCUUUUUCCUUCUUCACAAACUCCUAAGUAUCCUGAGAGCAACAGAACUCCUGUUAAACCCUCCUCAGUAGAGGAGGAGGACAGCUUUUUUCGGCAAAGAAUGUUCUCUCCUAUGGAAGAGAAGGAACUCCUUUCCCCACUUAGUGAUCCUGAUGACAGGUAUCCUCUUAUUGUGAAGAUUGAUCUGAAUCUCUUGUCAAGAAUACCAGGGAAGCCUUACAAAGAAAUGGAGCCCCCCAAGGUAGAAAAGAAAAAUGUGCCUGAGAAGCACACAAGAGAGCCCCAGAAACAAGUCUCAGAUAAAGGUUCCACCAAGGGGAAGAGGAAACAUAAGAAUGAUGACGAUAACCGAGCCUCUGAGAGCAAGAAACCUAAGAUUGAGGAAAAGAGUUCAUCAGGCCAUAAGGCGUCCAGCAGCAGAGAGUCAUCCAAACAGAGUGUUGUGAAAGAGAAGGACCCAUUGCCUUCUCCUGCUGGGCCUAUUCCCCUAAAAGACUCAAAAACUGAGCAUGGAUCCAGGAAGAGAACAGUCAGCCAGUCAUCUUCCUUAAAAUCUACUAAUAGCAGCAACAAGGAAAGUGGUAGUAAAAAUAGCUCGUCCACUUCCAAGCAGAAAAAGACAGAAGGGAAAGUCUUUAGUGGUUCCAAGGAAGCCAAGGAAAAGGUUCCAAGUAGUUCUUCAAAUUAUCCUCCAGCUACACAAAUUCCUGAUGGCUCUAAAACGCGCAGAGCAAAGCUUGCCUUUGAUGACAGGAGUUAUUCAGCAGACCAUUAUUUACAAGAAGCUAAAAAGCUGAAGCACAAUGCGGAUGCAUUGUCUGAUAGGUUUGAGAAAGCUGUCUAUUAUCUUGAUGCUGUGGUAUCCUUCAUUGAAUGUGGGAACGCUUUGGAGAAAAAUGCUCAGGAAUCCAAAUCUCCAUUCCCUAUGUAUUCAGAGACUGUGGAGCUAAUUAAAUACACUAUGAAGCUGAAGAAUUACUUGGCACCAGAUGCUACAGCUGCAGAUAAAAGACUGGCAGUUCUUUGCCUUCGAUGCCAGUCCUUAUUGUACCUGAGGUUAUUUAAACUGAAGAAGGAGAAUGCUUUGAAAUACUCAAAAACAUUAACUGAACAUUUAAAGAAUUCCUAUAAUAAUUCUCAGGCUCCAUCACCUGGCAUGGGAAGCAAAGCUUUUGGGAUGCCUUCCCCAGUUUCUCCAAAGCUCUCUCCUGGCAAUUCAGGAAAUUACACUUCAGGGGCAAGCAGCACUUCAGGGAGCAGUUCUUCAGUAACUAUUCCACAGAAAAUCCACCAGAUGGCAGCCAGCUAUGUUCAGGUCACAUCCAACUUCCUUUAUGCCACUGAAAUCUGGGACCAAGCUGAACAGCUUUCUAAAGAGCAAAAAGAGUUCUUUGCUGAGCUGGAUAAAGUUAUGGGCCCUCUCAUCUUUAAUUCAAGCAUCAUGACAGACCUGGUUCGUUACACCCGGCAGGGACUUCACUGGCUCCGUUUGGAUGCCAAGUUGGUAUCUUGAACUGAAGGAUUCUUACCCAGAACAUAUUCUUGUUGCCUCUGAUUUUUCUCCACAACACUGUGUCAUAUCAAUAAGGAAGACUGCCAUAACACUGCUUAGUCAACACUAAGAGCAAGCAAUGCUUCUGCCUCACUGUCUCAUGUACAAGUUGUGUUUUUGGUUUUUGUUAUUUUAUUGUUAUUUUUUAAACCCAAAGCCAUCAUGUUAAUGGACUCCUAAGGUAUUCCCUAUUUGGAAAGUUAUUUAAGUAUUUUUACAUCUGCAGCAUAUUAAUAAGAUGCAGUUUUAACUAAUCUGAAAUGGGAUUGAAAUUCUAGUUGUAAUGCAUAAGUAAUCAAUUUAAAUCAUAUUUAUUUUAAUUUUUAACUGUCCAGUUUGGUGGGACUAUUUUAAUAAUUAUUUCUACCUAUAAGUUUAUCCUACCAAAUGCUUAGCAGAAAUUUCAUGCAGACACUUUUAUUUAUGUACUUUAAACUUUGUUCUCAGUAAUGUCUCCAUGUGAUAAAGCUUGUAAAAGAGGAUCAUUAUAUUCUCAAAUGUAGAGACAUGUAUUUAACAUGUCUGCCGCCUCCUACUCAAAUCUUAAAUGACAACUACAGUUUUAGUAUUGCAGAAUUUGUACUUAAUGUUAAGGAAAAGGACCCAGAAAGGUUCUUAAACAUGUGAAAAGAAAUUUAAAUAUUAGAAUAUAGCAUUCUAGAUUGGGGGAAAAUCAUGUUUGAUUCAAGAUGCAUUAUUAUUUCAAGAAUCAUGAUCACACUUAAUAAUACCAUAGCAGUCUCACAGUGUUACAGUUACUUACAUUUAAUGAAUUAUAAAAGAGAUCAGGUAAGAACAUGGACUCUGGGAGAUGUGCAUCAUACAGAAGUUUUGUUUUUAUUUUUACUGAAAGGACAAUCUUGAACCUUUUUAGUUUUGUUGAAACUUUAUUCUCUUUGUUUUUGUCAGUUGAUACUGCAUUGGAACAGUAUCAUUUGCCAUUGAAAAAAUGGGUUAGAGAACUCCUUAGAGUUAUCACCUCUGUCUCUUCCAAUGAGUGAGAAAUUAGAUAUUUUGUUCAAACAUUCA